GAAACGGGCGGGGGCGCAACAGUUGCGUGGGUGGAUGCGCGUCCGACGAAGGAAUGGAGCGGGGAGAGGGAUGCUGGCGGGGACCGGAAGAGGGAUGAGAGGCACACGUAGAAGGGAGUUAAACCCGGCGCCCGAUGUGACGUGCCUCCAGUAUUCAUCUGGCAUUCACGUCGCAAGCAACCCCCGGCCACGAGACUUGGCGAGAAAUCGCGUCCGCCGAGAGGAAUCUCGCGAAAAAAAAAAUCGAGAUCGGCUUCGGAUUGAAACCCGGACCGGUUUGAUUUUUGUGGGACUUUCGUGACUUUUCUCUCUUUCUCUCUUUCUCUCUCUCUCUCUCUCUUUCUCUCUUUCUCGUCCUCGUCUCGUGUGUUACCUCGGCUCGUGCUUGGUUUGCACUGAAAGCAAAAGUAAUCGCUCGUCGAAGAGUGCGAUCGGGCUGGUGAUCGGUGACAGUACGGAAAAUGCAGAGAGCCAUCUCUAAGUCAGUGCGUCAAGCCUGAACGAACGCCGAAGCUCGUGACAAAUUUCGCUCGUGCAAACGUCGCGUCGUGAACACGUCGAACUUGGAGACGCGUGAUGAAGUAAGAAAAGAAGGUAGUGGCGGCGGCGGUGGUGGUGGUGGUGGUGGUGGUGGUAGUGAUAGUGGCGGUGGUGGCGGUGGUAGACGCUGGUGCGUGGGUGCACGCGUGUAAUGGUGAAGCGAGUUGUACGCGCACGAUGCAGCUGAUGACCUUGAACUCUCUGCUGAUGUUCGACCUCGUGUUCCUGUUUUUCCUGUUCCUCGUCGGGGUCUCCUGCCUCGUCUACUACCUGCCGGGUACUCGGGCGCACGCCUUCGCGCCGCACGAGAUCAUCACGGCGCGAACGUCGCCGCGCUGUGACGCACCGAUCGACAAUGUGUAAGAAUGCCUACGGAUGUGACCGGGGACCCAGGACUCGCAGUAGUGGCAGGGGAUGUCCUUGCUCUGCGAGGCACAUCUGCUCUCGCUGCUGCAGAAACGUGGGCUCUCCUCUGUCAGGCAGCCCAGGCCCUCCAGGAUCUUUUUUUGUCAAAUGGAGGCGUGGUGGGUGGUUCGAGAGCAGGCCCAGUGGUGACUCCGUACACGCUGGAACUGACACCACGUGGUAGGGUUUUGCUGCAGCUCGCACCGCCGGAAACUGCUCGGACGUACCUGCCGCCAGAGUAUCGACCCGGCCGCGUAUAUUCGGACACGGAUUCGGAAAAAAUGUGGAUGUAUUCUUUAGGCAGGGCAUUAUUGGACACGACUCCCAGUGCAACGGCGUUAACGGGGACCGUUUCCGUUUCACCCUCUUCCGCUUUGCAAUCAGUGUUAGCCGCGAUGACGGAGCCCGAUCCUCGCAGACGUGCCUCCUUGAUGAAUUUACUCGACGUAAUAUCGGAAUAUUGUCGGAGGCGUCUACAAGCAAGGGCCUUCACGCACAUAGUGAUGGAUAUGUAUCGAGAAGUUGUGAGAUCGCCGCAAUACGCCGCGCGGAAACGAGCAGCCCAACUGAACGCCCUGUGCUCCACACGAAACGUAGUCGAACAAUUGAACCAGCAGAAGAUUUAUGAUCAUCAUCACCAUCAUCCGCAACGACAACAACAGGAUUGCAUUCAGGCCGUGAACGGUCAACCGCUAUAUUUUCAACAUCAGCCUCGUGUCGGGCAACAUUUGUCAAAUCAAUUAGCUAUCCAGCAACGGCAGCAACAAUACGAUUACAUUCAAAGUCCAGCCAAUCAAUUUCGCUCGCUUCAUCAGCAACCGGAUUAUGCGCAGCAGACGCAAAAGGGUCAGUCAAAUUAUCGUAAUCAUCAUUACAAUCACCAGCAAGCGAAAGGAGCACAUUUCAGGGCGCAAUCGCGCAAUUCCCAGUCGCAUCCCAACCUGACGAGUUUGUGCGACUCACAGCAGCAGCAGCAACAACAGCAACAACAGCAGCAACAGCAGCAACAACAGCAACAGCAACUGCAUCGGGAGGCUACCUAUAGGGCGCAUUUUCAAUCGCAGUUAGAUAUCCAAAGCGGCAGCCGAUCGAUAGGGCCAGCGGUUACACGUCGGAUUCAUCAUCACUCGAGAACGUACUCGCAGCCGAUUUACACGCGGCUCCAACACACCAGGAGUAGCGGCAAUCUGCCGACGGCGACGAGCGCGAUGGCCGACGGUAAUCCCGAGGGAAAUGUUUACAACGACCCGAUAUAUUCCCUGCCGGUUAAGCCCUUCCUGAGCUCCCAGGAUGUGCGAGUCAAUGGACUGUCGGCGAAAGCCCCCGCGAUCUGUCACGGCGACGAUGUUUACGGUGGAUCGUCAUCAAUAAACAGGCAUCCUUCGAAUACCGGCCACUCUCAACCCGACGUAACAUCGCAACCAAAUGAGCGCCUUCGUGAGGAUGUGUACGGACGAGCGUCAUCGGGACGGAUGCUCCUGCAAAGGCAACACUCGAAUCCGCAGCUGCCGAGCAGGUCACAAGCCGACGAGGACUUCAAACGGUUGUCGCAGCCGAGCAUCGCGACGACCGAGUCUCGAUACGCCGGCAUUGCGCGAAAAGAGGAACAGAUGGUAAACCAACAAAAUUCUAUGAGGAGGAUCCAGGGCCCCCCAAAGCCACCUCGAAUUAUCACCACUCUGAGGAAAGCCGCUCUCUCCGAUUCGGAAUGUAACAGCCACACGGAGCCGCCGGCAAAACCACCUAGAACCAUGGUGAGAAAUGGACCAAGAGCUCGACGAGGAAGAGCAGUUCAAAGAGCACCAUCGCGCUUGUACAGAACGGUACGUGGACCUACAAGAUGUUUCAAUAAGGCGCAAUGUGUUGGUCCGGAAUUUGUGGUUCGUGCCAAUCAGCCACCGAAGACACUAUGCGUGGGACAAGUAAAGGCGGGCAACUCGGGCCGAAUAGUUGUAAUCAUGCUGACAGGACAGCGCGUGGAAGUAAUCUGCGAUCCUCAAAAGGUCACCGCCGGCGAUUUAUUUCAGGCUAUUAUUCAAGCGGAAAGCCUCGAUGAAAACUUCACUCUAGGACUGGCCGUGCUACUGGCUGGGGAUUUUGCGAUAUUACCACCAGACACGAAAUUAAAUAAAGUCGCGCCACCAGGAUGGUUAAGCAGCGGCAAAAGCAAAAGUUUGCUGGGUCUACCGACCAGUUUCAUGUUGUAUUUACGGCUCCGAUUUUUCCUGCCGUCUCUUCGUGGCACCAGGAGUUGGAUAUCAAAACAUCUAUUAUAUCUGCAAAUAAGGCGAUGUAUACUGGAGCAGCAGCUGGUCUGUCCAUACUCCGAAUUAAUCAAUUUGACAGGCCUCGCGCUUCAAGCUGAAUUUGGGAACUACAACGUCAAUGAGCACGGCUGUGGGGAUUACUUCCUUCUCGAGCACUAUGUGCCGGAGUCCUUGAUAUUGAGCGCGGAUCGACAUCAAUCGCAGCCCUGCGUCGACGCCGAUACACUUCGGGCGCAGCUACACCGCGCUCACCGCGACCGCCGUGGCUUGGACUCGAACAAAGCUGAGGAGAUGUUCAUAACUCACGCGCAGUCCCUGCCGGAUUACGGCUCGCACUACUACAUCGCCACGGUAGACUCGAAAGAACUGGAGAAACUGAUGAUGCGGCAGAGAAAGGGGAAGGCGGCCGUGUCCGACAGCCACGACUUUGUAUCGACGCAAGACGAUACGGGAAACGCUUAUCACCAGCAGGAGAAACCUGCCUACGGCAGGAUCGGGGUCCCGCGAUUAAGCUCUCGCGAGGACGUGCCGAUAAUACCCUACUCGGACGAGCACGUCAAGAGCCGCGACGAAACUUGCAAUAACAACAACAAUAACAAUAACAAAAAUAAUAAUAACAACGUUAAUAACGUUAACGGUAUUAACAGUAAGAACAGUAAGGACAUCAAGAGAAAAACGGAGAGCAACGUGUGGCUGGCGAUACACUCUCAAGGAUUGAAGUUGCUGGAACGGGGAGGCGAGCCGAGGGAGAGAACGGAACUGGCCCAGUUUCAGUGGCGGGACGUACAGAAGUUGAGCUACAGCAAGAGCUGUCUGGUUGUGCACAGCAAGCUGAAUGGGAAGCGAUGCAAGUUCAAACUGCGGAUGGAUCAUCGAAAAAGUUACUUCGCCUUCAAGCUCACUUCCCUGCAUCACCAGUUCUUCGUCAAACUUCGCUCAGAGCUCACGUCGCUUCAGGGCCUCGCUAAAGAUUUUGGAGUGCCCCUUAUGGAACCAAAACCUACACCGUUGAAAUCCAAGAUGGAUGACGGUAAAACUAAGAUAACGAUUACUAACGCGGUUAAAGUGCAGAAGAGAAUAAAUUAUCCGAUGCAACUGGAGGAGUACCAAAAUAAAGAGAAUGAAAAUCCUCAGAAAGACACAAAUGUAGUAACGACAACGAAGGACGCCGGUCGCGAACCCGGCUUUUACUCGUCCGAAGAGGAUGCUCUUUAUGCGCAGGUAAAUGUGCGAUUGGAACCAGAGGGUCAAUCGCGAGAUACGGAGGAUGAAUCGGAAAGAGGCUUAACGGCGCCGCAUAAGAUCUUGCUGGAACCGAAAGAAAUGAAAUCGGAGCAUGACAAGGUCUAUAGCUGCCCUAAUCUAGAUAAUGAGGCUGAAACUGAAUGUACAUAUUCGCUUCCAAAAGUUAUGUCGAAUAACAUCAACCAGUUAGAUAAGCCUAACAAUCCUGAAGAACUAUACGCCGCUAUUAAUAAAGUUCGUCUUUCGGGAAAGAGCGAGUUUCCUAUUCCGGAUGAAGUUUGGAAUGUGUCGGACGUCAAGAAGACAUUGCAAAAGAUGAAAGCAUCUAGUUUACCGAAUUACGGUGCGUCGAAGCAAUCGGGUGGUUUUCGUACACCCAGCCUGCCGCGUCGAUUGGGUGUGAAAAUGGGAACGCGAGCGAUUUACAGCAGCUUGGUCCAGAAAGAUACCGCGCUUACCGACGACACGGAAUCAAUGUCUCUGUCUCAAAAGUCCGAUACCGAAUCAUCUAUUCAAUCGUUGUCGGCGCGAUCUAUCGAAUCACCUAUGCCGGAGGCGUACGUGUUAAAUACCGAUAUACGAACCAACGAUGAAACGUUUCGAAUCCCGGAUGACGAAUCAAUGUCUACAUCUUUAAUGGCUCGUUUAGAAGAGCUGUCAUUCGACGAGGAACGAAUUUUGCACACAAUCAAGUUGGAACGCGGCCACGGUGGUAGCAUAGGUUUGCAAGUAAUGGAGGGUAACGACGGUGGCGUUUAUGUUCAGGCAGUUUCGGUUGGCGGAUCAGCCGAUAUGGCCGGAAAUGUAAAUAAAGGUGACCGGAUUGUAGCAAUAAAUGGACAGAAUCUGCUGAACCUUCGCUACGAGGAUGCUCUAAAGAUGUUGCAGAGCUCAUCCGAAACGAUCGAGUUGGUUCUUUCGCAGCCCGCUACUCGAAAAAGCUUAGAAUUGAAAAAUGACCAGGGCCAGGGCUCUGUAGAGAAUUACUUACAUGAAAUCAAAUUCGAUGUAUCGUCGGAGGCGGAAACGUCAAGUAUGAUGAACAAGUGGAUCAUUCAGAAAACCACGGAUGUAGCAUCGGUGCAGAACACCUCAAGUGCAUAUAGCAGCGCCGCAUCCAGCGCUAUGGGCAAUCACAAUAAUGCCAACAGCCUGUACAUGACUGAUCUCGUUGACAAUAACGCGCUAAAAUCUGCCAGCAUGUUGCUAUCUAUAGAGGAUUUCGACGUCAGUAGAACAAGUCGCCAAGUUUUUAUUUAGAUAACGAAGGAAAUUCGACUGAGCCACCUGUGCCACCGCGGCGAACGAAACGUAAAAACAAAAUCGCGCCGGUCAAACUGCCGGUGGCGAACAACGGUGCAACGGAAACCAUAAACGACCACGUCGUGAUAUCU